AUAUGUGAUCUGCGAUGUGUCUGUGAGGUCUUUCACUAGCUUUCAUUCUUGAUUUCGGAGUAAUCGUGUAUGCGUCGUAACCUGCCGCAUUAUUGUUCACAGUGAUUAUUUACCGGUAUCCUCACAGUGACACGUGGUGUAACGCGACCAUCAUGGGAAGUACGGACACCGCAACGAAAUUGUUGAACGAUAGUUACGAAAUCGAGGAAUACGGGAUGAACCUGAAGAUUCUACCCUGCAACAAUCAGGUGAAAGAGUUGCAAACCAUUUUGCGAGAUAGGAAUACCACAAGGAGCGAUUUCAAGUUUUAUGCUGAUCGUUUGAUCAGAUUAGUUAUCGAAGAGAGUUUGAACCAAUUGCCUUUUACAAAAUGUGUGGUGACAACUCCAACUGGUGCCAAAUAUAAAGGUUUAAAAUAUCAGAAGGGAAAUUGUGGUGUAUCUAUAGUAAGAAGCGGAGAGGCUAUGGAACAGGGUCUACGAGAUUGUUGUCGUAGUAUCAGAAUUGGUAAAAUAUUGGUAGAAAGUGAUGCAGACACACAUGAAGCUAGAGUAGUUUAUGCUAAAUUCCCAGAUGAUAUAUCUGAAAGAAAGGUUUUAUUGAUGUAUCCAAUAAUGAGUACAGGAAAUACUGUCAUAAAAGCUAUAGCUGUACUGAAAGAGCAUAAUGUGCUCGAAGAAAAUAUUAUCCUAUCAAAUUUGUUUUGUACACCAAUUGCGGCCAAAUCUCUAGUCACUGCCUUUCCUAAGAUGAAGAUUUUAACUUCAGAGAUCCAUACUGUCGCACCAAAUCAUUUUGGACAAAAAUACUUUGGCUGUACUCGUGUUGUAGUGGAGACACCAAAUAUACAAGAGAAAGAUAAUUGAGGAAUUAUAUUUGCAUAGUAUUGUUGAGAGAAUCUUAAUCGAAUUAAUCAAAAUUAGUAAAUUUAAUCAUUCUAUGAAAUAAAAGAAAUGUACUGUACGUUAUAACUUUUAUAGAUAAAUCUCAGGCUAUAUAGGUUUAGUUUUAGUUCGAAAAGGAUAUUUUUAGAUAUUAUAUGUCAAGAAGAAAUAUAUAUUUUGCGUGUUUUUAUACUGCUUAAAGAAUCAAUAUAGGCUUGUUAUAAAAUAAUAUGCGUAUAUUUGAAUAUUAUAUUUAUGUACUUACCAUUGUUUGACAAUGAAAAGUAGAAUUAAUCAAAUUCCCCAAAACAUACUCUAUUUAGAUAAUAUAAUAUUUUUAUUGUUUUGUGAUAUAUGAUUAAAAAUAGAUCUUUUAAGGAUAUAUAAAUGGAAUUUUAAGUUUAAAUUAUGUUUAUUAAUAAA